UCGGGACAAUAUAUUGCGAAAGUAUAAGGGAGGCUUAUUACAGUCAGCCUAUAUGAGCAGGUCUUACGGCUUUGGGGAAGGUGUACGUUUACGAUGCCAAGACUGACCUCAGGGCCAACCCUGCUGCUGACAUCACUGCUCACGGCUCGUCGCCUCCGCUUGGAGUCCCAUCAAGGUCUGAGUCUCCCGCUGUGACCGAAGGCGAUGCCUCAGCACCAUUCAUUCUCAGGCAGGCACUCAGGACGCACACUCGCACCGCUUACCGGACUUCUUUUUUUUUUCCUUUUUUUUUUUUUUUUUAUAUUUAAAGAAAUAAAGCGUAAUGAUGACAGACGAAAGUAGGGGGAAACGCAGGAAACAAGCCAACCCGAGGAGGAAUCGAGUGGACGCUGAGCAAGUGAGUUCACUGGGAUCUGAAGGGGAGGAUGACGUGGGUCUGUGGAGCGUGGAGCCCCAGGACUGCCAGGAGAGCCUGGAUAAGACGAGCUUGACCCCCAGUGAGGGGACGGAGGAGCCCAGUAGCCCUGCUCACUCAACAAGGCCCCACAGCCUCAGCCCUGGAGGCAGAAACUGCUGGGGCCAGGUGGAGUCUGAGGCCAAGGCUACAGGGGACGCCUCCUACACAUCCACGGACAGGGAGGGAGAUCAGGAACCUCUGAGGAUGUACUGUAAGAACUCAGACUCCCAGAAUACCUUUGAAGACCUAGCUCACUAUGAAUUCCUGGCCCAGCUGAGGAAGACCGCGUCCUCAGCCAACCUCCUGGACCACGUGAACCACAAUGGCACAGCAGCUUUGUACCUUCCGAGCGUUAGGAAUGAGGAGCUGCCUCCCGCGAUCUGGUCACCAGGGGCUCAACACUGCUCGCCUGACGCAGCAGAUACUGGCAGGACCCAGCAGGCCUGUCCAUUUUGCCACAGAGUGUAUCAGCGAGGAGCCGCUUUGAGGGACCAUGUCAAAUACUGUCAGGAGAGGGAGGGGGGACACAUGGUCUGUCCGCUUUGUGGAUACACUGCCACCCUUAGGUCGCAGAUGGAGCGGCAUCUGGCCCUUCACAACCAAGUACAGGACAAGACUGCCAUCACUUUGGACCAAGGCAUAGAGACCAGGAAGUUUAAAUGUCUGCAGUGUGGGAAAGCCUUCAAGUACAAACACCACCUCAAAGAGCAUCUCCGCAUCCACAGCGGAGAGAAGCCUUACGAGUGCUCCAACUGCAAGAAACGCUUCUCUCACUCCGGCUCCUACAGCUCCCAUUUAAGCAGCAAAAAGUGCCUUAGUGGCGGAGGAAACGGAGGGGGAAACGCCGGAGGACCCAGCGGACCAUUUAAUGGACAUAACCAAAGCUCCUAUCACCACUCAUUCCCAACAUCUCCCCCCACUAAUGACAAGGGCUCUGUUUUGGCUCUGCGGAACCAAGAUAAUGCCAGGUCUUUAGGUCGGGCAGCAGCGGACGCUCACCAGUUUUCACUGCAGGACCUCAGCCAGAACACCACGAGCUUCCCCAGCGCAUCAGACCUGGCCAGGCUUUGGGACCAGUCGGCAGAGCUCUCCAUGAGGGCCAGUUUUCUGAAAGGGACUACUCUGCUGCCUUAUCUCCACUCAGGAACCAAAUUCGAGCAGAUGCUGCAGGAGAUGCUUCACAGGGAUGUGAAAAAAGAUGAAGACGUGAACAGAGGAGAAUCAGAAGUAGAGGAAAGGAGGGCCAUUCACAAUGGAGGAGGACCCGAGAGAACGGUGUCCCCUGGCAGGAGAAGAGAGGCAGUGAGACCGGGGGAGGAGAGAGCGGUUCUUGGGGUGACAUGCCGCUGGUGCUCGCAGCUUUUCCCCAGCGUGGCGGUGCUCCUGCAGCACGAGCGCUACCUCUGUAAGCUCAACAGAGAAGCAGUGGAGGUGCCUGAGGGUUUACGCAGAAAAGACCACACAUCACCCCCUUUAUUCUUCCCCAGAUCUGCCCUCCCACCAGAGAACAGCAAGCAAAGUGAAGUCACCAAUGGCCUCUCUGGAAACGGUUCACCAUUACAGAAGCCCAGCUGGCACUCUGUACCACAGCAGCUCUUGGUUGCCAUGCACUCCCCGACGCAGCCCCGCCACGAUGCCUUGUCUUCACGAAUGUACUGGCCCAGCCACGAAAAGGGAAGCCCAAGCCAACUGAUUCCGCAUUCCCCAGAGCUGCCAUCACCUCGAGGCCGAAAAAGAGUUCCCUCCUCAGGAUUCGGCUCCCCUGCCUGCCUCGACCUCACCAGCUGUCCUCCCGAGCUGUCCUCACCCAAGAAAGAGACUGGCAGCCCCUGGUCUGCGCAGAAUGAACCUCUGGACCUCUCCCUGCCCAAGCAGCACACAGACCAAGCGGGGAAGAACAAAACUGUGAACGGCAUCUCAGCCAGAGGAGAGAGGAGAGAGCACGGGACCCAACAACUUGGUAGACCAAGCCCAUCCUCACAUCUCCCCCUGCACCAGCACCCGCUCUUUGGCGGGGUGGGACCUCCUUUGUUUCCAGGUUCCUUGUACAAUGGGUUUCCCCUCCUCGCUCAGUCCGGUGUAGGGCUUUCAGGGCAUGACGGCAUCACACCAAUUCCAUUUAGCCACACAACUAACAGCGCUGGGUUUCUCUCUCCAAUGGCUUACAUGAUGGAGGCAGAUGCAGAGCUGAAAAAGAUCUACCAGGAGAGACAAGGCCUAAUGGGUGAGGCCUUGAACCGAGGUGCUCUGGACUACCUCUCUCUAAUCGAUGAAGGGUUUGAGGGAGAUGGAGGACCAGGAAGGAAGAGACUGAAGAAGACAGACGAAGGGCUUUACGCCUGCGACAUUUGUGAAAAAACCUUCCAGAAGAGCAGCUCUCUCCUCCGACACAAAUAUGAGCACACAGGAAAACGUCCUCACGAGUGCAAGAUCUGCAACAAGGCCUUCAAGCACAAGCACCAUCUGAUUGAGCACAGCCGCCUGCACUCUGGAGAGAAACCCUACCAAUGUGACAAAUGCGGCAAACGCUUCUCUCACUCGGGCUCUUACUCCCAGCACAUGAACCACCGCUACGCAUACUGCAGCAAAGACCAGGAUCCCGACCAGGACCAGGAGGAGAUGCCCCUCACCCCAGGCGCAGGCAACAGUCUCUUGGGCCGCCUCACUGAAGACACCCCCCUGUCUCUGGAAGACACACAAACUCCCCACUCGUUUCUCAGCGAUUCCAGUCUGGACGGCGCUCCGGACGCCCUCAAAGAGGAGGACGAAGAAGAGGAGGCGAGAGCUAGUGAUGGCCACGUGGAAGAGGCACACGUGAGCUUGUCAGAGGCAGCAGGGGAGCUCGGAGGUAGCCCCAUCCAAAGAUCACCCCCGAGGGAGAACGGAGAGCAAAGUGAGAGGAAUGGUUAUGACGUAGGAAACCAUAUUGACAGCACAGAGAACCACAUCUGGGAGCAAGACACUGAGGACCAGAAUGGAGACUUGGACAAAUGUGAACUGAGCCUGGAUAUAACAGAGUUACCCAGGAUAAAAACUUAAGGUGACUUCACAACAAGCCAUUUUAAUACAUAUAAUGCAUAUUUUAAGACUUUUGAUAUUUUUUUCACACACACACACACACACACACACACACACACACACACAGACGCAGACACACGUACACACACACACAUACACACACACACACACAGACACACAUACACAUACAUACAUAUUAUGUAUAUAUAUAUAUAAUGUUUUUCACUCAUUUUUCAACAUGGAAAAAUGCACAGAACUGCCAAAGGAUUCCUGGCCUUAAAGUGGAUGAAGCCAUUAAAAUAAAAUGUACGUGACAAUACAAAUAAUAGUGUUUUUAUGUAAAAUAGCGUUUUUUUUUUUUUUCUUUUGUAUGUUUGUGUUUGUUUGUGUUUUAGUUCACUUGUUUUCCUGGAACAGCUUAAAUAUUUGGCCAUGUCACAUUUUCAGAGGUGCUCUCUAUCUCACAUGCUUGCUGCUGCUGCCUGUUGCACAACACAGUGACAGUAUUCCUAAUUUAGUAGAUUUUUGUAUUUUAUUACAACAUUUAAGACCAUUUGACUCUUCAUGCGUAGAUUUACACAGCUGAGUGAGCUCAGAAGCAAGACACUGAAGGAAAUGUUGGGAGGAAGGAAAGAUCUCUGGUUCUAAAAUUAACCUGUUGUCAGGGCCUGACGUCAAAGGUUACAUAUGCAGUCAUAUCACCAUAUUCACCUGGGGUCUAGCUAUUUAUUUAUUCCUCAUUGUGAGUGCAAAUGACAUUCCAUUUUUAACAUCCUGUGGUAUGAUUUGAUGCACAUCUUUACCUCUAUUUUAGGUACUAGCAAUAAGUGUAAAAUGUUUGUUUCUUUUAGUUAAAAUGCAGCUAUCACUUAGUCACGAAGCCAAAUGUGUGAGUGUAAACAGUAGAAGUUAUCAUUUAUACUGUGAAAUCAUAAGGAACAACCAACUCAUCUCUUCAGGUCGACUGUGGUUCUCGUUGGCUUUCUUCCAUCAGCAAUUUUUAAUUUUAUUGGCAGCAAAAAGAGGAAGAAGUUAAAUGUGGUUGAUUAUUUAUUUUUUUUAAAAAACUCAACGCAGCCGACUGCACCUUCUUAAUUGUAUGCUUUGCUCGGGGACAGUCAUUUCUGUGUUCCCGUACGGGAUGUUAAAAGGGGCAAAAGAUGCAGUCAGCCUUUGGGGUUUUUCCCUUGAGGGAGCAAACACAAUUUGCACUGACGGUGUAAUGAUCACAUGGAGCUGCUUGAUUUAAAGUUAAGAUGUGUGCUGUUUCUCGUAAUAAUUUACAUGUGCUGUAGCGUUUUUUCGCACCCCCUGAAUAAUAAUGUGUCACACGUUCGGGCUGUCUGUUGAGGUGUGGCGAGAGGGUCAAGACUCAGGACACAUGCACCAUUUUUUUUUCUUUUUUUUUUCUUACUUCCUCUUUCUGACUGCGGUGUAGUCAACGUGAAAAGUGCCUCAGAUGUACUCUGACUCUGUGAGUAAUCCGACAAAGCUUUGGUACGGUGAGAUAAGACGGUGGUGCAUGAGGUGUGACUAAGCUUGCAGCAUUCAUGCAUACCGGGCGCCAAAGACACUUCUUGGUCAUGAAAUCUUUCUUUGUGUGUGUGUGUGUGUGUGUGUGUGUGUGUGUGUGUGUGUGUGUGUUUAUCGCCAAAGAUAUACAUAUGUGACACACCAACUGCCACUCUGCUCUUGCAUAGUUCCUUACCUGUUAUUUCUGGGCCUUACUUUCACUGUGUCUGCACAUGGUUUUAUAUUAGGAAGUGUCUGUUCCAGUAAAUGCAACUUUUGUAUUCACUUUUUAUACAUAUAUAUAUAUAUUUUUGCAUGUUUGUGGUUGUUUGUAAUAAAAUGUACAUACGUUGUCA